GAGGAUUAUGAAUAGAAUAGGAUUAAAAGAAUAAAGUAGAAGAAGAAAUGGGCCUGUUGGUUCAGGGCUGGGUGGGCUGCAAGCGUUCAUCCCGCUAUCAAGUUUUGAUAAAUCAAGUCAUUUUCUGCACGAAUCUAACUAGCUAGAAUAAUGUCGUUUCUAUGGGAGAAGAGCCAGACAUGGAGAUGGCUGGUGACGAAGACGAGGGAUUCGAAGCCCUUCUUUCUCACCUUCGCCACCGUGUGCGGCGUCAUUCCAGGGAUUAUUGGCUACUGUGUCAUGCAGGUCACCAGUUCCGGCAACCCUGAGCUCGAAGCCAAGCUUCGCCAAUCCGCCCGCCCCGAAUUAACGAUGAUGAGUAAAGUUAAUCAAGAGAGGCUGGCAGAGUACCUGGGGGAGCUGAAGAGGAAAGAAAAUACAAAUGACAGAUAUGUUGCUGCUUUAAGAGGAGAGACACUGACUAGAAAGCCCUAUGUCAGAAUUCAGCCAGUCCCAGAGCCAAGUAGCCCUGAAGUCCAGGAGAAAAACAAGUGAAUGUUGAGACACCAUUUGCUUCUCAGAUGAUAAAGACAACUCGUUUGUGUUUACCAACUUGUGUUUAUCCUAUGGAAUACCAGUUUUUCCUUGUCUGCUGACUUAUUAGUGUAGCAGUGGAAUUAUAUAAUGCUCAGUCAUUGUAAUAUGAUACUAUUAUAUUUGAACAAAAGCCAGAGAAUGGCUCCAUUUGAUUUGGCUGAGCUUAUAAGUUUCUUAAAACAUUGUAUAAAGUGUUCAGGAGUUAUUGAGAAGUUUUUAGCAUAAA